CAUGCUAUGGUUGAAACACUUCUUUACAUUUUCGUUCCAGAAAAUAGGCUUGCAGAUAAACGUUAACCUGGAAAACUUGACGAAGUUUAGGCCAGAAGGCGAUGACUUCCGGUGGUAUGUCAAGUUGAAGUGUGCCAAUUGUGGAGAAGAAACAACAUCUUUUCAAUAUAUGUGUCUUGAGGAGUCUCAUCCAGUGAAAGGUGGAAGAGGAUCAGCCAGUCUGGUGAUCAAAUGUCACCUGUGCGGCAGAGAGAACACCAUAGACAUAAUAAAAGACUCACUGAAAUCUUACGAUGCAGAUGAUGUAGGCAAAUUCAAAACCAUUGUUGUGUUUGACUGUAGAGGAGUGGAGCCAACAGAUUUCUCACCAAGAACAGGCUUUGUGGCAGAGGGAACGGACUCUGGUGUACAGUUUAAUGAGAUUACUUUAUCUGAUGGGGACUGGUGUGAUUAUGAUGAACGGUCCAAGGUGUCUGUAGGUGUGUACGAAUUUCAACACAAAUUCGUGAAGUCGAAGUGAGACUUUUGACAAAUUAUAUAAUUUGCUCAUAUCAAAUGACUCAGC